UCCACACCACACCCAUGGCCUGCAACAGCCUCUGCCGACCCUGCGGACCCACCCCGCUGGCCAACAGCUGCAACGAGCCCUGUGCCCUGCAAUGCCAGGACUCCCGCGUCAUCAUCAACCCUUCCCCUGUGCUGGUCACCCUGCCAGGACCCAUCAUGACCUCCUUCCCCCAGAGCACCGCCGUCGGAUCCACCUCCUCGGCUGCUGUGGGCACUGAACUCAAUGCCCAGGGACAGCCCAUCUCUGGGGGAUUUGGCUUUGGCCUUGGCUAUGGGCUGGGAGGCCUGGGCUGUGGCUAUGGCAGAAGGGGCGGCUACAAUUGCUAA